GCGCGGAUGAGGCUCUAUGGCCUGCUCGGCGUGCGCCGCGGUGCCAGCGACGCGGCGGUGCGCUCGGCAUACCGGCGCCGCGCGCUGGCGACGCACCCCGACAAGGGCGGCUCGGCCAGCGAGUUCCUGGAGGUGGUGGAGGCGUUCGAGGUCCUGUCCGACCCCGCGCGCCGCGCCGCCUACGAGCGGGAGCUCGUCCGCGCCGACGACCCGGACGGGAUCGCGGCGGCGGACGCGGGGGGCGCGAGCCAGGCCUCGGAGGACGACGCGCCGCUCGCCCCCGCCCCCGCCCCGCCACGCGCGGCCCCGGCGGCGCCUGCGCCCGAGGGCCAAGGCGCGGCGGAGGAGCGGCGGGUGGCCGCGCUGUGGCGCGAGCUGAGCGCGCUGCCGGCCGAGCAGAGGCGGGCGCGGGUGGAGCGGCUGACGGCGCGCUCCGCGGAGGCGUUGCUGAGGCACGCGGAGGCCCGCGAUUGCUUCUGCGCCGCGCCCGUGGUGGCCGGGGACUCGCCGGCCGCGGUCGGCUCCACGGCCCCGGCGCCGCCGCCCGCGGAGGCCUGCUGCGCCCCGUCCCCAACGGGGCCCCGCCAGUGGGGGCCGUCGGCCGACGCGGACAGCUGCGGCGCGGACCUGCUCGCGGGCGGAGCGGCCGCCGGCGAGGGCGCGGCGCCCAAGCGCAGGCGGCUGCGCGGGCCAGCGAUGCGUGGGGGCUCCCGCGCGUGGGUGUGCCUCGACAACCUGAAGAUUUGCAGCGGGGCCGCACGCGACGUGGCCGAGGCCAUCGACUGGCACGUGCUGCUGGUCCGGCUGAAGCAGACCUUCCACGCCUUGCGAGAGGGCUGCGACUUCGACGAGGCGCUUCGCCAGGCCGUGGGCCUCGUGCUGGGCGAGUGUGCGGCCGCGGGUGGCACCGACCCGCGCUUGCGGUACGUGUACGAGCACACCGCCCCUGGCGGUGAGGUGCUCUUCACGCCGGCGACGUGGGACCUGGAGGUGGCGCUGCGGCGGCACGCAGAGCUCCAGCGGCUCCUCGGCCUCGGCGCGACCCACGGAGAGAUGCGGGCCGCUGUGCGGCGCAUGGCGGCGGCCUCCGAGGCCGCGGAGGAGGAGCAGCAGCGGCUCGCGGACCUGCUGCGUGGGCACCUGCGCGCAUUCCAGCGGCUCCUGCGCUGGCACGGCCGUCGGCCCGAGGGCGUCAACGCCGUACUCGCAGGCCGCGGGCGGGCGUGGGUCUCGCCAGUCGGAUGGUGGGCGUGGUGUCCGGUGGCCCGCGCCAGGCACGCGCGGGCGGACGAGGCGCUCCGGGACCUCGUUCUCGUGAGCGGCGCACUGGCGUCGGGCGGCGAGGACGCGGCCCGCGCCGAGGCGCGCCGGCUCUACGAGGUGCCGGCGCUCCGUUCCAAGUGGUCGAUAAUUCGAAGCGAGCGUUGGCAUCUAGCAUUUGUGAUGGUGCCGGAGUGCAGCGCGAGUUUGUGGGUGGGGUACUCGGGCGACUUGUUCGACGCGGUGAUCGACAGCGCGAGCGAGCUCCACUGA